AUGCAAGUGGAAGAUCCAGGACAUCUCCGAAUUGUACUCGUCGGAGAUUCUUCUGUUGGUAAAACAUCACUUUUGAAUCAACUCGUAUUGCAUAAUUUUAACAAAACAGAGCCCAGUACUGUUGGAGCCAAUUAUCAAUUAUAUUCUUAUGAAGAAAAUGAUAGGAAAAUUGAAAUGCAAAUAUGGGAUACAGCUGGACAAGAAAGAUUUCGUUCCUUAGGACCGAUAUAUUUCAGGAAAGCAGCCGGUGUUGUCGCAGUUUUUGAUUUAACUUCUAAAAACUCUUUUGUAAACCUUCAAAGCUGGAUAGAUUCUUUCACAGAUGUUGCAGGAACAGAAACAAUUAUUGCUGUUGCAGCUAAUAAAUGCGAUCUUCCUAAUCAAGAAAUAACGUUUUCAGUAGCAGAGCAAUGGGCGAAAGCUCACGGAUACAUUAUUCAUCCUACAUCUGCAUUAUCCGGCGAAGGCGUUCAAGAGCUAUUUAAGCAUGUUGCUAGUGAAUUAGCCAAUUCUAAAUGGGCAAAGAAACAAAAUCAAAUACAAUCACGUGAAUUGGAUAAUUCUGAAGUAGGCAGGCCUUCGGGAUGCUCAUGUUAA